AUUUCUCUCUCUCUCUCUCUCUCUCUCCAAUUCCUUCUGUCCACAGCGCCGGAACCAUAGCUUGGGCGGGGUCGUCCGAAGUGAAAAGAAAUGAGUGGGCACGAUUCGAAAUAUUUCUCCACUACCAAAAAGGGUGAAAUUCCCGAGCUCAAGGAAGAACUUAAUUCUCAGUAUAAGGACAAGAGAAAAGAUGCGGUUAAGAAAGUGAUUGCUGCAAUGACUGUAGGGAAGGAUGUAUCCUCACUUUUUACAGAUGUUGUAAAUUGCAUGCAAACCGAGAAUUUGGAGCUCAAGAAGCUUGUGUAUUUGUAUCUUAUCAACUAUGCAAAGAGCCAGCCUGAUCUUGCUAUUCUCGCCGUAAAUACAUUUGUCAAGGACUCCCAGGACCCAAAUCCUUUGAUCCGUGCUUUGGCUGUUAGGACAAUGGGAUGCAUUCGUGUUGAUAAAAUAACGGAGUAUUUAUGUGAUCCCUUGCAGCGGUGUCUCAAGGAUGAUGACCCAUAUGUUCGCAAGACAGCAGCUAUAUGUGUUGCUAAACUUUAUGACAUUAAUGCUGAGUUAGUGGAGGAUAGAGGUUUCCUGGAUGCCCUUAAGGAUUUAAUAUCUGACAACAACCCAAUGGUCGUUGCAAAUGCAGUUGCUGCACUUGCGGAGAUUCAAGAGACCAGCAGCAGACCCAUCUUUGAAAUCACCAGUAGCACACUCACAAAGCUUCUCACCGCUCUGAACGAGUGUACAGAGUGGGGUCAAGUUUUUAUUUUGGAUGCUCUUUCUAAAUAUAAAGCAACUGACGCUCGGGAAGCUGAAAAUAUAGUGGAGAGAGUUACUCCACGUUUACAGCAUGCAAAUUGUGCCGUUGUUUUAUCAGCUGUCAAGAUGAUUCUUUUGCAAAUGGAACUGAUCACCAGCACUGAUGUCGUGAGAAACCUUUGCAAAAAAAUGGCCCCACCUCUUGUGACAUUGCUUUCUGCAGAACCGGAGAUUCAAUAUGUUGCAUUGCGGAACAUAAACCUUAUUGUCCAAAAGCGGCCCACUAUUCUUGCCCAUGAAAUCAAGGUGUUUUUCUGCAAAUACAAUGAUCCAAUUUAUGUGAAGAUGGAAAAGUUAGAAAUCAUGAUAAAGCUUGCUUCUGACAGAAAUAUUGACCAGGUUCUACUAGAAUUCAAAGAGUAUGCUACGGAAGUAGAUGUAGAUUUUGUCAGAAAAGCUGUUCGUGCUAUUGGACGCUGUGCCAUCAAGCUAGAGAGAGCAGCUGAACGGUGUAUAAGUGUCUUACUAGAGUUGAUAAAGAUCAAAGUAAACUAUGUUGUUCAAGAAGCUAUUAUUGUGAUUAAGGAUAUAUUUAGGAGAUACCCAAACACCUAUGAGUCCAUAAUUGCUACACUUUGUGAAAGCUUGGACACCUUGGAUGAGCCAGAGGCAAAGGCAUCAAUGAUCUGGAUAAUUGGUGAAUAUGCUGAAAGAAUUGAUAAUGCUGAUGAGCUCUUGGAGAGCUUUUUGGAGAGUUUUCCGGAGGAACCUCCACAAGUUCAACUACAGUUGCUAACAGCAACAGUUAAACUUUUUCUUAAGAAGCCGACUGAAGGCCCACAACAGAUGAUCCAGGUUGUUCUGAACAAUGCAACUGUUGAGACAGACAAUCCAGAUCUUAGAGAUCGUGCAUACAUAUAUUGGCGACUCCUCUCAACUGAUCCUGAGGCAGCAAAGGAUGUUGUUUUAGCUGAAAAGCCUGUGAUCAGUGAUGACUCUAAUCAACUUGAGCCUUCUCUGCUGGAUGAGCUUCUUGCCAACAUUGCCACAUUAUCCUCUGUCUACCACAAGCCCCCUGAUGCAUUUGUAACUCGUGUCAAAACUGUUUCGAGAACAGAGGAAGAGGAUUAUCCUGAUGCAAGUGAAGGGGGGUAUUCUGAAUCCCCUGCUCAUGCAGCUAAUAUAGGUGCAUCAUCACCGGCCACCACGAGUAAUGUGCAGUCUGCUGCUGCAAGGCAACCGGCUGCUGCUCCUGCACCCGUGCCUGAUUUACUUGACCUGAUGGGCGAUAAUAACAGUGCCAUAGUCCCGACUGAUAGGCCUGCAAGCCCUGCUGGACCUCCCUUGCCAGUUCUAUUACCCGCACCUACUGGUCAAGGCCUACAAAUCAGUGCUCAGCUAAUAAGAAGAGAUGGCCAGAUAUUUUACAGCAUGCUAUUUGAGAACAAUUCUCAGAUUCCACUUGAUGGGUUUAUGAUUCAGUUCAACAAGAAUACAUUUGGUCUUGCUGCAGGUGGACCUCUCCAGGUUCCCCAAUUGCAACCUGGGACAUCUGCAAGCACUCUUCUGCCUAUGGUUCUGUUCCAGAAUUUAUCUCCCGGUCCACCAAGUACACUUCUGCAAGUUGCUGUGAAGAAUAGUCAACAGCCUGUGUGGUAUUUCAAUGACAAACUUCCAUUGAAUGUACUCUUCUCCGAGGAUGGAAGAAUGGAGCGAUCCACAUUUCUUGAGACAUGGAAAUCCUUGCCUGAUUCGAACGAGGUCUCUAGGGACUUUCCAGCUAUUGUGCUUAACAGUGUCGAAGCUACCUUAGACCGGCUGGCUGCAUCCAACAUGUUCUUUAUUGCCAAGCGCAAGCACUCAAAUCAAGACGUGUUAUAUCUCUCAGCCAAGAUUCCUCGAGGAAUCCCCUUCUUAAUUGAGCUUACAGCAGCCAUUGGUGUCCCCGGCCUCAAAUGUGCGCUAAAAACUCCAAAUCCAGAAUUCGCUCCUCUUUUCUUUGAAGCAGUCGAAACUCUCCUCAAGAGUUAGUGUGUUUAUUCAGUUCGAUCCGUCUCUCUUCAUUCCUGGCUGGUUUGUCAUGGUUUCCUUUGGAUAUAGGUUUUGUUAGAUUUUUAAAAUUUUUUGGCAAUUUUGAUUGAAGUACUUAUGGUUGGUUGUAGACUGUUAUUUUGCCAUCUAUCAAGAUUCAAGAACCACCACCGGCAGUGGUGAUGUAUUUGACACUCUAAUUUUUUAGAUUCAGUCGGAUUUCAUUGUAGGCUCUGUAGAGAUGACUUUGCUCGGUGCUAUUCAGAUUAUACAAUUAUAUUUAGUUCCCUCAA